CAGCACCCCCACCUCCUCCACUCUCCUCCUCCUUCUCAUCUCAGCUGUGCUGUGCCUCCACAAUGAUGCUUAUCACCUUCAACUAUCACUGCUGCAGUCCAUGUGCAAUGUCCUCCUCCAGGAUAAGAGAAAGGGACCGAGAUGGCUUCAAAGAGGAAUGAAGGAACCAUCAUCAACCUUGAGAAAGCAUCGCUCAACAGUGGAGCCCACGAUAAUGAUGAAAUGGCUGACCCAAUCAAGCCAAGAUCACAACCUCAGGGGAAACUAGUAAUAAGCAGAAAGCUGCGCAGAGGACUAAAAAAACAGGACAAUGCAGCGCUGGACACCUGUGGAUGAAGUACAUCUGGAGGGAUCUCUCCAAAAUUCACCGCCGUGACGUUGCUUAUUCCAUAUUAGAGAAGGUCCAAAGCCUGGGCGUGGGAUCUUACAACGUGAGAGAGAGCUUCACCUCUAGAUGCUCGACACAAAGAAGAUCUGUUUGUUCAAAUUAUGAAUGCAGACAAUCAUCUUGAAAUAAAAUCUUCAGAAGAAGAUGAAAUGGAUGUUGGCAGUGCAGAUGUCCGGACACAGGAGGAAGAAGAGGAGAAAGGGGGAAAGACUCCAUUCACUGAGAAUCGACUUCAUCUGACUGAAGGUAUGAUAAAGACAGAGACAGAGGACAUAGAAGAUAAUGAGCUGUAUUACAAGGUUGAGAAAGAGCGAGAGGUUCUGCUGAAGGAAGAGGAGACAGAGGGGGCCAGUGAGGAUGGUAUGGAGGAAAGGUUCGAAGAGGAGAGGACAGAGGAGGAUGAUGAGGAGCAAAAGAAAGGCGAUGAAGAGGAGGACACACUGAACGAGCCACAAGACCUGUCGCUCUCGUACUACUCUAAGUACGAGAGCGCAAUACUGCAGGACGCCCACGCAGCAGCAGCAGAGUCUGCAGAGGGGCCUCACACACCCGGAGCUACAGGUCCUCGUGUUCAGGCCACAGGCAAACUAAACUGUGACAUCUGUGGCCUGUCCUGCGUCAGCAUCAACGUCCUGCUUGUGCACAAACGCAGCCACACGGGUGAGAGGCCGUUCCAUUGCUCUCAGUGCGGAGCCUCCUUCACUCAGAAGGGAAACCUGCUCCGCCACAUCAAAUUACACUCAGGAGAGAAACCUUUCAAAUGUCCCAUGUGCAGCUACGCCUGCCGCCGCCGUGAUGCUCUGAGCGGACACCUGCGCACCCACUCUGUUGAGAAGCCCUUCAAGUGCACGCACUGCAGUCGCAGUUACAAGCAGCGAAGCUCGCUGGAGGAACACAGAGAGAGAUGCCAUGUAUACAUUCAGAGCAGAGGUCCUGCAGACAGAGAGGAGAGUCACGGAACUCGGUCUCAUAUGGGCAGCGAACGUGCGAUGUUGCUCGACAGGCUUGCCAGCAAUGUUGCCAAACGGAAAAGUUCAAUGCCACAGAAGUUCACAGGUGACAACGGCGUCUGCCUGGAUCUAAGCUUUAACAGGGAGCUCAUCCACCAGGCUGAAAUCAAGGAACGGCCACCAGGCUCUCCAGGGCCUGAUGCCCACCUUCAGCAGCAACCUGUGCUUUCUAUCAAAGAUGAAGAUGGAGCCGCCCCCCACAGGGCCUUCUCCAUGCAGCUGAGUCACAGUGAGAUCAAGCCCAUCGGCAUCACCAAUGGCCACAAGAUGGGCAUGCCACUUGUGGGCCUCCAGCACUCUGCUCAGCCCCCCCUCUGCAUGGACUCUUUCCACAACGACAGCCCCCAGAUAUCCCAACCAUUUUUGUACAAUUUAGGGCACCUGCUGGGGGCACUAAACCACCAAAACGGUGUCUCACCUCACCCACCCACCCAGACCAUCCCCAUGGCACCGCUAGAGGGUAUGCGAAUGGCGCAGGCUGAUGGGGAGGCGGGACUAGUACCCGGGGCAGUUUAUCCCUGCAGCCACUGCAGGGUGAUUUUCCUGGACUACGUCAUGUUCACCAUCCAUAUGGGCUGCCACGGGUUCCGUGACCCUCUUGAGUGUAACGUGUGUGGCCACCGCAGCCAUGAUCGUUAUGAGUUCUCCUCGCACAUUGUUCGGGGCGAGCACAGGCUCGAGUUAAAGUAGCUUUCGUCCAUUUUUAUGUUCCUCAUAUGCAGUACCAGGAACCAUUUUCCAGGGUAUAACUGGCUCCUGCUCAUGUCUUUGUACUUAGCUUAAUGGCCUCUGAUAGUUAUGUAGUUAUUACUCAGGUGUCAGGAAGGUUUCAGACUGAGGUCUGUCAACAGCCUUCCUGUUACUUUGCACCAAAAGUGCCUAAACUUUCCUGUGAGCCCACUGGUAAACGUCUUCCAGAAUUUAAAACAUCCUCAUGAAGCUCCACUGACUCAGUUCUUUUAUUUGAAUAAUGACUGCCUGUUUCUAUUGGUGUGCACUAAUACUCACAUCAUUGUUGAUUGUAUUCACAGUUUAGCAAAUUCACGUUGUGAACUCUUACAAAAACCUUGGAGUGGAGCUGGAGACUGGUGUGUUUCUCAUACUGAACAUUUGCUACUGACAUGGUGAUGCUAAGGUAAUUUUUCUGAAGCAGUAAUUAUAGCUUACUGUGUUAUUGAUAAAGUUGUGUGUUAGCCAAUAAAAUUAUUGACAUCACUUC